AUGGAAACGAGGAGAACUUUGCGAAGCUCAAAUAGGUUAUCACUUUCUUUAAGCGCCAGAAAACAUAAAACAAGUGUAUGCAAGCCAAAUGAAGAUUCUAAUCAUUCGGUUGCACCGGAGUGUGUGUCUAUCCUUGAUACAAUACCAUAUUUGUUGCCUGCCGUUUAUGACGAUACAUCUACAGCCAGUUCAUCGAUAGGCAAGGCAGGUCAUAUGUCUAGUGAAAAUGAUUAUUCAAUCUCAAAUAACACGGAACUUCAAAAACUCGAAUCAGUUGUAAUUAUUAGCGAUGAGGAAAAUGACGUUCAAUCACCUACGAACACAUCAAUUCCUGAAUUUUCCAGCUCAUACAAUACAGAUAAUGGUAAUAUAAUAUUGUUCAGUAAUACAGAUAAUGGGACUACAUCAGCUGUUAAAGCAAUUAAAACAUCCAACAAAGCUACUAGCAAGCUACGUCGAAAGAUUUGCCCCAAUUCUAACAUUAAAAUGCUUACCAAAAAGCAUUUUGAUGACUCACAAAAACGCAUCACAAAUUUUUUUAACAAAGAAGCGAAUUCUGACCGUAUUGGAUACUGUCGUGUGCUGAAGAAAUCAGUGAUGCCUGCUAUUAUCACUGGUGAUAUUGAAAUAGAAUCCAUGCUUAGCGUAACUGUUGAGGAAGGCACGGAAAAGUUGAGCAUUCGACAUGAUAAUGAACAAUUCUCUGUAACUGCUGGAGAUCUGCAAAUGUGUUCUAACAAGAUUAUGGAAAACAUAGAAAAAGCGCAAAGCGCUUGCUAUGAUCCCAUACGGGAUAAUUGGAACAUGGAACGAGUGCUCGUUCCUAUAGAAGUUCCGUUAACUGUCCAAAAUGUUUCACUCGAUAACUCGGUAAACUCUUCGAACUCUAUCAAUAGCUUGAAAGCAGAUCUGAGUCGAAAUGCAGGUGUUGAGAUUUCUGAGCGAUGUAAUCAUAUCAGACUGAGCGAGGUUGACAAGACGCCGAAAAAUACUUCGAGUGUUGCGAGCCAAACAGAUGCUUUCUCUCAGAAGAAACAAAUCGGAAGAAAAAAAAUGAAAAAGAAAGUUGUUUGUCCACCAUUUAAAAUUAUAGCUGGAACAAAUUUUGCAGUAGAUGCCUUUCGGUAUGGCGAAAUCGAGGGUGUAACACAUUAUUUUCUCACCCAUUUCCAUGCGGACCAUUACAUAGGAUUAAAAAAAACUUUUUCAUAUCCAUUAAUUAUGUCACCGAUCACUGCGAGGCUAGUUAAAAGCUUUAUAAAUGUGUCCGAAGAACAUUUCCGGUUGAUCGAACUACAUCAAAGUAUUUUUAUCGACGGUGUUGAGAUUAUUGCGUUGGAUGCAAACCAUUGCCCUGGCGGUAUAAUGUUUCUUUUCCGUUUACCUGAUGGAACUAAUAUGCUCCAUACUGGUGAUUUUCGAGCAUCUCCGGAUAUGGAGGAGUUCCCAGAGUUUUGGAAUUUUCAGAUAGAUUGCAUAUAUCUAGAUACCACGUAUUUGUCUUCAAAGUAUGCAUUCAAACCACAGUGGGAAAGCGUAGCUGAUGCCAAAGAAAUCGUGAGCGAAUUUUUGAAAAAACGCAUCGGAACAAAAGUGUUAAUUGUUUGUGGCAGUUACCUGAUCGGCAAAGAAAAGGUUUGGCUUGAACUUGCUAUUACAACUGGGAUGAAAGUGUGGACUGAAUCAAAUCGUUUGAAAGCACUGAAAGCUAUUUCUGAUCCACAGCAAUUGUCUUUGCUUGUUGCAAAUCCUGUUGAAGCAAAUAUUCAUGUUCUGGCAAUGAAUAAACUGACGUACGAUGAGCUAAAUGAAUACUUGAACCAAUUUCCUGAUCAAUAUGAAAGCAUUAUUGCUUUGCGCCCUAGUGGAUGGGAGAAAAAUAGCAAACCACAGUACCGUGGGCGUAUUAACAUAGUGGGUAUUGAAUAUUCGGAACAUUCAAAUUUCGACGAGUUAAAACGUUUUGUCCAGUUUCUAAGGCCGAGUGAUGUUAUUAGCACAGUGCCAUAUGGGAAUUCAAAUCAAAAUCGUACACCAACAGUGCCUGUAACAUGGUAUCAAGGACCCAUAAAGCCUCAAAGGAAAUCAUUACAAAUGUCAAUUACAAAUUUUAUGGCUACACCGAAGAUAUUAACAACAUCAAAGAAAAAGACAAACGCAAUUGUAGUUUCAAAAUCUAUAAAAAGUGAAAUUAUUGAUCUGGAUAGUAGUGAAGAAGAAAUAACAACACGUUGACAAAUAUAGUUCUGUCAGGAUGCCGAAAUUUUGAAGAAAAUAAAUAAAACACACUGUAAGAGUUGUGCAAUUCCAGCAGGAUGUUGAUGUAUGAAUGGCAGCAGAAUGUUGAUUGAGUCGGAUAUGGCUGUGGUACUUCGGUAUUUCUAGGGUGCUACAGAUCUAAAUUCUAAUGCACUAAAUAGGAAAUAGUUUUAUGUUUUGCUUAACUUUACAAUAUCAAUCUAAUAGAAAAUUAUCUGAAGUCGUUGUGUAGAAUAAUGUAUAAGAACAUUAUAUCGUGUUCAAACAUGCAUUUUCAUGUAAUCCUUUUUUUUCUAAAUAACAGUUGUUUGUACAUUUGUAAAUCUUGUUUAAGGCGAAGGAGGUAAAUUGAUUUAACUUAAGAUACUGUUGAAGAUUUAAUAAAA